UGUGCGGAGAGAUUUCUGCCAGAACAUACAUAUAAUAAUAAAUUGGUCUCUCUUCCUCUCUCUAUCCCCGCCAGCUGUCCACUAUCCAUGCAUUUCCCUCCUUCUUCCUGCUGUCUCCCUCCUGCUGUUCCCUUUCCUUCCGCGCUCUUAUACUCCUCCUCUUCGUUCCGAAUCGCGUGGCGAGGACGGAGGAGGCCCCGCUGCCCGACUGACCGUCCUCGGCGCCUCUUAUACCUUUACUCCGGUCUGCGCGUUCUUCAGGGAACGUACGUGCCCGUUUCACGUUCCACUCGAGAGAGCGCGAUAUAUAUAUAUAUAUAUAUAUAUACCUCCCUUUUAUAAAGUACGUAUAUACACAAACGACCAACAAACGGACAUUGUCGACCUAAUUGUCAGUGGUGCAUCGCGAUACUUUCAAGAUAGCUGAAUCGAGCUAAGGACUCGUUCACCAAUAGCUGUCGACAAUUUUCGAGACCGUUCACCGUUCAUACGAUCGUUUAUCUCGACAUACGGGCGACAAGUUCAGGCAAGACAGUGAUAUGGCACAACUGAUCAGCGUCAAGCUGUCCAGGUUCGACGGAUCCCCCUGGGGUUUCCGUUUGCAAGGCGGCAAGGAUUUUGGCACACCGCUCAUCGUACAAAAGGUUAACAGUGGUUCUCCGGCAGAAGCUGCCGGUCUUAAAGCUGGCGAUGCGGUUAUUAGAGUCAAUACCACUGACAUGUACAAUUUGAGGCACAAGGACGCGCAGGAUGUCAUAGUCAAGGCCGGAAAUAAUUUCGAAAUAACUGUCCAAAGAGGCGGCAGUACCUGGAAACCGCAUGUGACGCCCGCAACCACAAGUUUACCGUCUCCGAUGCACACCGCACCCGCGGGUAACAUCACGCCAGUCACAAAGACUUCUUUGGCAGCGAAAAAACAGGACGGACCUCUCAUCGGCAGCGGACACAAUUUCAGCCCCAAGCCAUUCCUGAACGGCACCGGCGACGGUCCAAUUAAGUCCAUCGUGAACAAACAGUACAACAGCCCCGUGGGGAUCUACAGCGAGGAAACAAUCGCGGAGACAUUGUCCGCUCAAGCGGAGGUCCUUGCCGGAGGUGUCCUUGGGGUAAAUUUCAAAAAGAAUGAAAAGAAUUACAACGCUGAGAACAGCGAGGUUUUCAAAAUGGUCCAAGAAGCGGACAAAGAGCCAAAGACUCCAGAACCUGCGGAGCCAAAUGUCGUGAGCGGCGUGAUAACGCCAUCCUCGCCCGCCCUGGCAGGACUGAGGCCCGUUCAGGCGCCGGAAACGAAGCCACAGACACCAUCGACGCCGCAAACGAGUCUACCACCAGGACAGAACAUUUGUGCCGAAUGCGAAAGACUCAUCGUGACAGAAUUUUACUCCUCGGUGAGCCACGCGGUUGGCGGAAGGGCCACUUCACCGAGGUCACCUACGCCUCUGUUUCAUGCUAUGGGUGGUGGUGGUAGCGCACCUGCCGAUAGCAGGCACUUUGUAUGGAUGGACGAAUCGUACGGGAAGAAUCGAGAACCACAACCGCAAAAGCAGGAAUCUUCUGCCGGGUCGGGCUCGUCGACACCGGGCGGGGUCGUUUGUAGCAACUGCGACCGAGUGAUCGUAGGUGUCUUCGUCAGGAUCAAGGAAAAGAACCUUCACGUGGAAUGCUUCAAGUGCUCAACUUGUGGCACGUCCCUAAAGAAUGUCGGUUAUUACAAUAUCAACAAUAAAUUAUACUGCGAUAUUCAUGCGAAACUCGUCGCUAGGCAAAAUGCUCCGGCUGGUCUUGUACCUCUUACUAUACCACCAGGUGGCAAAGCACCAGCUAGUACCAUUAGCGCGGCAUUGGCGAGUGCACCUUUAUCACCACCCCUCAGCAAUCACGGAUCGCCUCAGCCAUUCUCCGCGUGCAAUCGUACGAGCCCCGAGUCCGGAUUUCAGCAUACGUGGCGAUCAACUUCGAAUACGAAUGGAUGCAUCAAGAAUGGUGAAUGCAACGGCGAGUCGAAAACAUUCACGAGUACGAUCACCAUCCAAACAGGUGGCACAGAG